AUGCAUAUUCGUCAAAAAACUCCCAUCAAAAUUGGAUGGCACAAACCACCAAAAGGAUGGUUUAAACUGAAUAUUGAUGCUAGUUUUGGCAGUGGUACUCAAAAAUAUGGUCUGGGAGGUGUAUUCUGGAAUGUCAAUGGACAUUGGAUAGUGGGCUUUGGAAAACUAUCUUAUGUAAGCAGAUCAUUAGAAGCAGAAAUAAAAGCUCUACUAGAGGGAUUCAAAACAGCUCAAGAAUGGGGAAUGCGCCCUCUUGUAAUAGAGACAGAUUCCGUGGAGGUUGUUAAUGCACCAGCAGAAGGAGAUGAUCCUCUAGUACACAUUCAGGCAAGGAAAUAG